AACUGAACUCUGUUCCAUGGUUAUUUCAAGACAACUCAACUGUAGCGUGUUUUGAGUCAGUAUUCACACACACAUUGAUUGAAAAUAGCUGUAAACCUUUCCAGUAGGAGUACAGGAAGAAAAUUGUGAAAAGCAGAUGAUUUACCUGUCAAGUUCCUGGUAGAGAAGCAGAACACAGCACAGACGAAGCUUCUGACAACAUACAGAGAAGACAACCAAAGAACCAUGAAGGUGGAAGAGAAGUUACACUUAUUGAAAUUCUUCUCAGCCAUUUUCAACACCUUUUUUGGGAUUCUGGGUGUCAGUAUCUUUGGAUGUGCAUUGUGGAUUUUGUUUGAUACAGGAAGUUUUGUGGCAGUCCUCAAAUCUGACGUGAAGACAUUUGCUGGAUGUCUGUUCGUCGUUGGCCUGGUGGCAACCUCUGUGAGUGUAGUAGGUUGUGCAGGUGCUCAUUUGGAAAACAGGUGCCUGUUAGUGUUGGACACGAUCUUCCUCAUCUGCAUUGUUCUUGGCCAAGUAUUUGUCACAGUCCUUCUACUACUUAACCAAGGGAAAGUAGAAAAUAUACUGUCUGAAAAAGUGGAUGCAAUCAUUUCUGAGUAUGGAAAUGGCACCUCUGGACUAGAAUGGAAACUUCUAGAUAAUGUGCAGCACUAUGGCCAGUGCUGUGGUAGAGAGAGCCAUGCUGAUUGGAUGAAAAACUUCUUCAUUUCGAGUCUGAAUCUAAGUUGGGUCAAUUCAUCAAUGGUGUUUCCAUGUUCCUGCUUUAAUUCCUCAGGCUGCUCCAUCCUCGCAAGCAAUAUAACACUUUUUGGAACAGGAUCACACUAUACAGAGGGCUGUCAAAACAAGAUACUGAAUUGGCUGAAAGAGAACAUUUUUGCAAUACUGGGCAUUGACCUUGGCCUCCUACUUAUUCAGGUGUUACAGUUUGUGGUGGCAGUGUAUCUGUUCCAGAAUGUUGGUCUUAAAUCCAGACUAAGACAUGCUUGUCAGUUGGUCCAGAACCCAGAACCAAGUAACAACUCCCUAGAGCCCAACCAUGGCUACCCAGAGCCCAACCAUGGCUACCCAGAACCCAACCGUGGAUACCCAGAACCCAACCGUGGCUACCCAGAACCCAACCGUGGCUACCAAGAGCCCAACCUUGGCUACCCAGAAACCAACUGUGGCUACCCAGAAACCAACCUUGCCUACCCAGAAACCAACCUUGGCGAGUCCAAUCUAGGCUACCCUGAGACUAACUAUGCCUACUCAGACCAAAACCAAGCAGUACAGUACUAUGCCCACCUAGAACCAACUCAAACCUACCAAAAUCCAAACCAAAUGAGGUUUUAGGGUGGAAUUAUAUUAAAUUAUUCCAUAACUCAUUCAAAAUGAGUGAAAUUCACAUAAACCAUGGUACUGUGCCCAACAUUCAAAUUAAGUG